ACCAAGGCCAGCCCCUGGGGUGACGAACCUAGGUGGUAGGUGGAGAGGAGACAGUAGAGCCAGAAGGUGGCGGCCGGGGCCCCAGGGACUCUUCUACCCCGCCCCAUCCUCUGGUGGGCGGAGCUCACAGCUGCGGGCCCCCAGCGGGGCUCAACUGGGCGCUCCGCCGGGUCCUAGUGCCCGCCAUCACCGCGUCUUCAGACUCCCGAGGCCGUGGGCAGCAGCGCUCACUCGCCUGCUUGCGGCUUCCAGUGCUUGGGUGGUCGGCCCGCUGGGUUCGCCUCAGCCGCCUCUUCAGCCCCCGCCCGUCAUGAGAAGUGUGCUUCCCCUGCUGCUUUUCUCCCUAGUUGCCCUUUGCUGGCGCGGGGACUGCCGCAUGGCCAAUGCUGAGGAGAAGCUCAUGGAUGACCUUUUGAACAAAACUCGCUACAACAACCUGAUCCGCCCAGCCACCAGCUCCUCCCAGGUCAUCUCUAUCCAGCUGCAGCUCUCCCUGGCCCAGCUCAUCAGUGUGAACGAGCGAGAACAGAUCAUGACCACCAAUGUCUGGCUCAAACAGGAGUGGACAGACUACCGCCUGGCCUGGAACAGCUCCCGCUAUGAGGGUGUGAACAUCUUAAGGAUCCCUGCAAAGCGCGUCUGGCUGCCUGACAUCGUGCUUUACAACAACGCCGAUGGGACCUACGAGGUAUCUCUCUACACCAAUGUGUUGGUCCGCUCCAAUGGCAGCAUCCUGUGGCUGCCCCCUGCCAUCUACAAGAGCGCCUGCAAGAUGAGUGAAGCACUUCCCUUCGACCAGCAGAACUGCACCCUCAAGUUCCGCUCCUGGACCUACGACCACACAGAGAUCGACAUGGUCCUCAAGUCACCCAAGGCCAGCAUGGAUGACUUCACCCCCAGUGGUGAAUGGGACAUAGUGGCCCUCCCUGGGCGAAGGACAGUGAACCCGCAGGACCCCAGCUACGUGGAUGUGACUUAUGACUUCAUCAUCAAGCGCAAGCCGCUCUUCUACACCAUCAAUCUCAUCAUCCCGUGCGUGCUCAUCACCUCGCUGGCCACUGUCUUCUACCUGCCGUCGGACUGUGGCGAGAAGAUGACGCUGUGCAUUUCCGUGCUGCUGGCGCUCACCGUCUUCCUGCUGCUCAUCUCCAAGAUUGUGCCGCCCACCUCCCUCGAUGUGCCACUCAUCGGCAAAUACCUCAUGUUCACCAUGGUGCUGGUCACCUUCUCCAUCGUCACCAGCGUCUGUGUGCUCAACGUGCACCACCGCUCGCCCAGCACGCACACCAUGGCACCCUGGGUCAAGCGCUGCUUCCUCCACAAGUUGCCCACCUUCCUCUUCAUGAAGCGCCCUGAUGGCAGCCCCUCCAGGCCCCGGCCCAGCCAGGCUCGCCUGAUCAAGUCCGAGGCAGCCGCCACUGCCUCUGCCCUGGGCCCCGCCAGCUCCUCCAACCUCUAUGGGAAUUCCAUGUACUUUGUGAAUCCUGCCUCUGCAGCGCCCAAGUCUCCAGCCGGCUCUGAUGUGGCAGGUAUCCCCAGGGAUUUCCGACUGAGGUCUUCUGGGAGGUUCCAUCAGGACGUGCAGGAGGCUUUAGAGGGCGUCAGCUUCAUCGCUCAGCACAUGAAGAGUGACGAUCAGGACCAGAGUGUCAUUGAGGACUGGAAGUACGUGGCCAUGGUGGUGGACCGGCUGUUCCUGUGGGUGUUCGUGGUUGUGUGUGUGCUCGGCACCGUGGGGCUCUUCCUACCUCCCCUCUUCCAGACCCACACGCCCUCGGAAGGGUCCUAGGCUGCCCAGCUGCUGAGGGUGAGAUGACGUGAGUGGCCAGAUGGACAGUAUGCUGCUUCCCUCUGGGUCACGGCUGAUGAGGCCCUAAAGAAAUGAGUCUACCAGCCAUCAGCCCCAUCAAACAGCCAAGGCUGUGGAGGGGGUGGGAGGCAAGGAUGGGGGCCUGGACCAUCUCCUCUGAAGGCCUUGGAGGAACCCCAGGAAAGCCUCCUCAGGGGAGUCUUUGAACACCUGAGCCUGGCCUCUCUGCCUUCCGUGCAGCGGGCACGGGGGAUAAAGUUGAGCAUAACAGCGGCAUCCCGUGUGCCAGGCAUCUUGUCUGCAUCCCGGCCUACCUCUCACUCCAUCUCCCUCUGCUCCUCCUCAUCCAUUAGGUUCCCUGGCCUUUUGGGCCUUCCCGUGCUUCAUGGUCUUCCCAGCUUCAAGCCUCUGCAUUUGCUGUAUGUUCUACCCAAGCUUUCCUCCCCUGAUGCCUCCUGAGCUCUAUCCCAGGGCUGCAUCAUUCAGGGCUCUGCUCCGGUCCAUCAUUUGUCCAAUGUCACCUUCCCCAGAGGCCUUCCCCAGGUACUCAUUCCAAAGCCUUCUCCUCCACAGCCACGUGACCCCGCCCCCCUCCUCCAGCAGCCCUCUGUGCCCGAGGCUCUCAUGUGACAGAGUGUUUACUGUCCACAUUUCAGCACUAGAGUGUGAGCUCCAUGAGAGCAGGGACCUGGCCCUUGGUGUUUGCUGCAGUAUCCCCAGGGCCUAGGACAGAGCUUGGCAUAUAGCAGGUGCUCAAUAAAUGUUUGUUGAAUGAA